UGUCCUAGGACUCUGUGUUUUUGAAAUAAUGGGUCAAUCUGUUACCACCCCCUUAAGUUUGACUUUACAGCAUUGGUCAGAGGUUCGGAAGAUCGCCAGUAAUCUCUCUCUCGAGGUCCACAAGCGACCUUGGAUCACGUAUUGCUCCUCAGAGUGGCCCACCUUUGACUUAAGUUGGCCCAGAGAUGGGUCCUUUAAUUCAAUUCUUAUUUUACAGGUCAAGGCACGGAUCAUGAUUCCCGGCCCACGCGGGCACCCAGACCAAGUUCCCUAUAUUCUUACUUGGGAAGCCUUAAUGUCUGACCCCCCUCCAUGGGUUAGGCCCUUUGUUUUAUUUCCCCCAACACACCCUCUUACACCCUCCGCUCCCCCUUCCCAUUCAUCCCUUUUCCCCGCCGUCACCAAGUCUCCCUUAACCGCAGAAGACCCUAAGGCAAAAGCCCCCAAGGUCCUGCCCCCUGGGGACGACCUCCUCCUGGACCUGAUGACUGAGGACUCUCGGUUACCUCAGCCCCCACCAUACCCGGCGGAAACUGGCUCUAGGGAGGACGUGCAGCGGCCCGAUCCUUCCCCUAUUGCCACUAGAACUAGGGUAAGGAGGGACGGUAAUUUACCCCCUGCGGAUUCCACUACCCAGGCUUUUCCCUUAAGAGCAGGGGCUACCGGACAACUUCAGUAUUGGCCUUUUUCCGCCUCAGACUUGUAUAACUGGAAGAACAACAAUCCUCCUUUCUCAAAAGACCCCGCCAUGCUAACUGCCUUGAUUGAGUCCAUACUUGUUACCCAUCAGCCUACCUGGGAUGAUUGUCAGCAACUGCUACAGGUUCUCCUGACUACUGAAGAGAGGCAGAGAGUCCUCCUGGAAGCUCGGAAAAAUGUUCGCGGGGCAGAUGGGCGGCCGACACAGCUGCCAAAUGAGAUUAAUGCUGCUUUUCCCUUAGAGAGACCAGACUGGGAUUUCACCACUGUGGAAGGUAGGAACCACCUAAUCCUUUAUCGCCAGUUGCUUAUGGCGGGUCUCCAUGGGGCAGCUAGGCGCCCCACAAAUUUGGCUCAGGUGAAACAGGUUAUUCAGAAAUCUGAGGAAACUCCUUCUGCCUUCUUAGAGAGACUAAAGGAGGCUUAUCGAAUAUACACUCCCUAUGAUCCUGAGGACCCAGGACAGGCAACUAACGUUUCCAUGUCUUUCAUUUGGCAAUCUGCUCCGGAUAUUAGAAAGAAAUUAGAAAGACUGGAAAACUUAAGGGAAAGUUCUCUACAGGAUCUACUCAAGGAGGCGGAAAAGAUAUUUAAUAAAAGAGAGACAGUGGAGGAGAGAGAUGAGAGGCUAAAAAGAGAGGCAGAGGAACGUGAUCGAAGAAAGAGUAGGGACCUUAGUAAACUCAUGGCCACCUUAGUGACAGGAAAGAGACAGGAUAGACAGGAGGGAGAACGAAGGGGAACCCCCCGAGUGGAAAAAGACCAAUGUGCCUAUUGCAAAGAAAGAGGGCACUGGGCAAAAGACUGCCCGAAGAACCCCCGGGGUCCUCGGCCUCGACCUAAAACAUCUCUCUUGACCCUGGAUGAUUAGGGAAGUCGGGGUCAGGAGCCCCCCCCUGAACCCAGGAUAACUCUAGAUGUAGGGGGGCAACCGGUCACCUUCCUAGUUGAUACAGGAGCCCAACAUUCCGUCCUGAACCGUGACCCAGGACCUCUCAGCGACAAGUCGGCAUGGGUCCAGGGAGCCACCGGAGGACGGCGAUAUCGAUGGACUACUGAUCGAAGAGUCCACUUGGCUACCGGUAAGGUGACUCAUUCUUUUCUUCAUGUUCCUGACUGUCCAUACCCCCUAUUGGGAAGAGAUUUGCUCCAGAAAUUGAGAGCCCAAAUCCAUUUUGAGGAGUCUGGGGUGCGUGUAGCUGGCCCCAAAAAUCAACCCCUGCAAGUGUUAACUUUGAGUCUGGAAGAAGAAUACAGACUGUAUGAAAAUAACAAAAGAAAAGAACUCUCCCUUAACCUAGAAUGGCUAAAUGAUUACCCCCAAGCAUGGGCAGAGACGGGAGGCAUGGGAUUGGCCAGACGACAAGCUCCACUGGUUAUAGCUUUAAAAGCAAAUACCACACCUGUCUCGAUUAAACAAUACCCAAUGUCACAGGAAGCAAGAAUAGGAAUUAAACCUCACAUAAAAAGGCUUCUGGACCAGGGGAUUUUAAAACCUUGCCAGUCCCCAUGGAACACCCCCCUGCUCCCUGUCAAAAAGCCUGGGACAGGAGACUAUAGACCGGUCCAAGACUUACGAGAAGUUAACAAGCGGGUAGAAGAUAUACAUCCCACGGUGCCCAACCCGUACAACCUGUUAAGCGGACUGUCACCAGCCUAUUGUUGGUAUACAGUUUUGGACUUGAAGGAUGCCUUCUUUUGCCUAAGGCUCCACCCAGACAGCCAGCCUAUUUUUGCCUUCGAAUGGAAAGAUCCUGAAUUGGGAAUUUCAGGGCAAUUAACCUGGACUAGACUCCCCCAGGGGUUUAAAAAUAGCCCUACCCUGUUUGAUGAGGCCCUACAUCGAGACCUGGCAGAUUUUCGGGUCCAGCAUCCCGCCUUGAUGCUACUCCAGUAUGUCGAUGAUUUGUUGCUAGCCGCGACAUCUGAACGGGAAUGUAGGGAAGGAACCAGAGACUUACUACAUGCCCUCGGGACCCUAGGGUAUCGAGCCUCCGCUAAAAAGGCCCAGAUUUGCCAACAACAGGUGACUUACCUGGGCUAUUUAAUUAAGAAGGGAGAAAGGUGGCUGACGGAUGCAAGAAAAGAGACAGUCAUGAACAUACCCGAGCCCCAAAACUCCCGGCAGCUAAGGGAAUUUUUGGGAACCGCCGGGUUUUGCAGGCUGUGGAUACCAGGCUUUGCCGAAAUGGCCAGCCCCCUGUACCCCCUCACCAAACAGGGUACCAUGUUUGCCUGGGGAGAAGAACAACAGAAGGCCUUCCAGAACAUUAAAAAGGCUCUCCUAACAGCCCCAGCCCUAGGACUCCCAGACUUGACUAAGCCCUUCGAUUUGUAUGUAGCAGAGAGCAAAGGACAUGCGAAGGGAGUAUUAACUCAAAAAUUGGGGCCUUGGAGGCGGCCGGUGGCCUACCUCUCCAAGAAAUUGGACCCAGUGGCCUCAGGAUGGCCACCCUGUCUCAGGAUGGUGGCUGCCAUUGCCGUCCUGGUUAAGGACGCCAGCAAGUUGACUUUCGGGCAAUCCCUGACCAUUCUGGCCCCGCACGCAGUGGAGGCACUAAUUAGGCAGCCGCCAGAUCGCUGGCUGUCCAAUGCCCGAAUGACUCAUUAUCAAACUAUGCUCCUGGACACAGAUCGGGUCCGGUUUGGGCCCGUCAUGACCAUCAAUCCCGCCACGCUACUUCCCUCGGCGGAUGAGGAAGCAGUUCCCCAUGAUUGCCUUGAGAUUUUAGCAGAAGUGCACGGGACCCGCUCCGACCUGACUGACCAACCGCUCCAGGACGCUGACUUUACUUGGUAUACUGAUGGGAGCAGCCUGGUGCUAAAUGGGGAACGGAAGGCGGGAGCAGCCGUAACCACCGAGACUGAGGUAAUCUGGGCAGAGACCCUUCCGCCAGGGACCUCAGCACAAAGGGCAGAGCUGAUUGCCCUCACCCAGGCACUCAAAAUGGCAAGCGGGAAAAGACUCAAUGUAUAUACAGAUAGCCGGUAUGCCUUUGCCACUGCCCACAUUCACGGGGAAAUAUAUAGUCGACGAGGGCUUUUGACUUCCGAAGGAAAGGAAGUUAAGAACAAAAGAGAAAUUUUGGCCCUGUUGCACGCAUUAUUCUUACCCCGUAAGCUCAGCAUCAUGCACUGCCCGGGACACCAGAAGGGAGACAGUCCUAUUGCCCGGGGCAACAGGAUGGCUGACGAGACAGCUCGAAGGGCAGCUGUGAUCUCGGUCCCUCCAUAUCCAGUCUCCAACAAGGAGGCGCGGACGCAGUGGCUCGAAUGGCAGAGGGCCCGAAAAGACGACAAAAGAAAAAUAUGGAUCCUUGACAAUAAGACUGUAUUGCCCAGGAAUUUCGCCCAGCAAGUAAUUGAACAAGUACACCAGCUAACACACUUAAGCCCCAGAAAGAUAAAAGCCCUCCUUGAUCGAGACGAAAGAUUUAUUUAUUUUUUGGGCAAGGAAGACAUCUUGCAAAGAAUAUAUGACAGGUGUCGUGCAUGUGCCAUGGUAAAUGCUGGGAAGAUAAAAUCGGGAUUAGGAAAUGUCCGAAUGAGGGGGCAUCGCCCUGGAGUCCAUUGGGAAGUUGACUUUACUGAAAUCAAACCCGGGCUCUACGGAUAUCAGUAUUUGCUGGUGUUUGUCGAUACUUUUUCCGGUUGGGUGGAAGCCUUCCCCACAAAGCAAGAAACUGCCAAAGUAGUCAGCAAGAAACUACUGGAAGAAAUUUUUCCCAGGUAUGGCAUGCCUAAAUUUCUGGGGUCGGACAAUGGGCCAGCCUUCGUCUCCCAGGUAAACCAGCAGGUGGCCAUGUUACUGGGGAUUAAUUGGAAGUUACAUUGCUCAUACAGACCCCAAAGUUCAGGGCAGGUAGAGAGAAUGAAUAGAACCAUUAAGGAGACUUUAACUAAAUUAACGCUUGCAGCUGGCUCAAAGGACUGGGUACUCCUACUCCCUCUUGCCCUUUACCGGGCUCGAAAUACCCCUGGACCCCACGGACUUACCCCCUUUGAAAUUCUCUACGGGGCACCCCCUCCCUGUGUUAGUUUUUAUAGUUCUGAUGUCUCCACUUUUGCUAACAGCCAAAAUCUUCAAGCCCACUUGCAGGCCUUACAGACCGUCCAGAGAGAGGUCUGGGAGCCACUCGCUGCCGCCUAUAAGGAACAGCUGGAGAGACCUGUGGUGCCACAUCAGUUCCAGAUCGGAGACUCGGUGUGGGUCCGGCGACAUCAGACCAAGAACUUGGAACCUCGCUGGAAAGGCCCCUAUACCGUACUCUUGACCACUCCAACCGCCUUAAAGGUAGACGGCAUAGCUGCUUGGAUUCACGCGUCUCACGUCAAACCUGCUUCUGCUGAAGAAACGAUCCCGGAAUGGCGAGUCCAACGCACUCAAAACCCACUAAAGAUAAGACUAAUCAAGGGGGGGCCUUCCUCAUAG